CCUUUUUUCUCUAAAGAGCUAUGUUAGCAUCUCUAACAACGCUACAACAAUUGCGAGUAGAAUCAUUCAAUGAUUCAUACUAAUCAUAGAAUGGAGUACUUCGAGAUUAGUUCAAGUGAUUUUAGACCUAGAUUUAGAACAAUUUAGAUAUGAGAUCGCGUCUAGGUCUAUAUAGAUUUACUUAAAAGAAACGUGUAACAUUCUUAAAGAGGAUUUCGGACUUAAUUAUAAUUAAAAAAACAACAACACGAUGAAUCACAAAACUUUACUGUUCACAUCAUUGUUGUUGUUGGCAUUGAAAUUGAGUGUUCAAAAAGAUGUAUGUCUCUUCCCAGCUCCAAUGAUUCCAGUUUACAGUAAUAUCUCACUCAAUGCCACAGCAGAAGUGAAUGAUGCUGCUUUAGCUGGUUCCAAUACUAUACUUGAAAAUAAAAUUUCCUACAUGGGGAUGACAAUCACUAAUGGAACUUAUGACAUAAACAUUGAAAUUAAAUUUAAUGUAAUGCUGUAUGACACAAGUUCUGUUCCAGAAAGAGUUAACAUAUCACUGAGCCUAAAAAAUUUAGCAGCUUGUGAUAUGAGUUUUGCAUCCUUAGAAAUAGACUUGUUGGACAAAAUGGAUGCAUUCUGGGAUGCUGGUGUGCCUGCCAAUUCAGUAAUGGUUGAAAGAUCACGUGUUAUUUAUAACACAUCUUUUCUAGCUGUCAAUGAAUCUGUAUCCAUACACUUUUUGGCAGUGCCAUCUGGAAAAGGUGGCAUAGAUCUUCCUGAGGAAACAAAUACUUUUUAUGCUUAUGUUUCAUUUACUGUGGAGAACACAACAUAUGGCAAAAUCACUCCCUCGAUUUGUCUACUGGGUGUAGCAGACAUAAAAGAAAAUAUUAUCUAUCAACAUGGAUUUACUGCCUUAACCUUUUUUAUCAUGCUCUUUGUUGGAAUAGGGUUAGCAAUUUUAGCAAUAUGGCUGUUCUUUUGCAUUAGAAAGAAACGAAGAGAUGCCUCAGUAUCACCAACAAAAAAUAAUGAGAAAAGAAAGGGAAAAAAGAUUGUUACAGAUGCAAAAACAGCAAUGUACAGCCAUUCCAUUAAAAAUAUUAGUGCUAUAGGAUUAGAUGAGAGCAUUGUUUAUGUUCUUGGCAUGAAAGAUAAACUACAGAUGUACAGAGAAAUAGACAAUCUUGACAUCUUGUCAACAAUACAUGUGGAUACUGAUAUUGAGGAAGAGCAAAAUGAUGCAUCUGUCCAGGCGAGCUUAUUGCUAGUUCAUGGGUUAAGACAUAAUGGAGACAUUAAGAAAAAUAUACAAGAGAAAGCGACUAACAACCUGCAGAAUAACUUAAAAGAACUGAAUAAAAAACUGGAUACUGAAUUCAAAAAAGAAUUGGAAGAAAUCUAUGUUGAAAUAGAGCUGAAAAACAAAGAAGCAUUGGGUGAACUUACCAGAAAGCACAAAGAGAAGAAAGAGGACAUGCUAGUAUUGAUGAAAAACUUAUCAGAAUCAGAGCAAAAACAGACUUUGGAGUUAUUUGAUAAACAAGUACAGAUAGAGGAAAAUGAACUGACUUACAAACUAGCCUUAGAACAAAAUGAAGAUGUAGAGCAAUUGAGGAAGGAAUAUUCUGUUAGAAAACGUAUUGGUAUCAAAGAAAUUCAGCAGCAGUUUAUUAAUGAUGUGAUCAAAGAUGGAGACAUGACAUCCACAAAGGCUGAAUGGCUCUUGAAGCAGCACAGACAACAGCAAGAUGAAAUAGCUCAUAAGUUUGAUGAUGAGAUUUCAAGACAAAGAAUGAUACUUGAAGAAAAACUUGCUAAGAGGCGAACAUUGGCUCAUGCUUCUGAAGUACAAGAGGAUGAUCAGAAAGAAAUUUUGAAUGAAAUCGCAAGUUGUCAAGUUAAUCUUGUUCAAACAAUUAAAUUAGCUAAAUCUUUAACAGAUGAACAAAUGGAAAGUCAAAUUGAACAACUGAAAGGUGACUUAAAAAAUGUCAAAGAUGAAAUGGACAAAAAAAGUGAAUUAAAUCAGCAAGAGCUGUUUAAAAAAUUGACACAGUUAAAAAGGAAAGCUUUGACUGAAAAGAUGAGCCAGCAAAAAUUACAGCUGCAAGAUUAUAUGGCUAAAAAUAAAGCAACAGAAACUGAUCCUCCUGUAGAUCCUAUUUCAUAUGUAACCGGUUUGGUGAAUUUGAAGUCACAACAUCGACAAGAGCUCAGUGACCUUGAGAAUCAGCUUGAUGAAGAGCAUGCAAGAGAACUGGCUAUUGAAAGGGAGAAGCUUUCAGAGCUUGCUAAAGAAAAGUUAAAGAGUAUUGAAAAACAUCUGAUUGAGAAACUGAAAGCACAAGGAGUACUUGAUGAUACUAUAGAGAGAAUUCUCAGGAAACAUGAAAAAACUGUCAAAGAAAUUGAAGCUAAACAAAUCACUGAUAGAAAAAAUCAAGAGACUAAAAUGAAGGCUGAACUUGCUAAAAGGAAAAAAGAAUUUGCUGAAAUGAGAGCAAGAGAAAAGCAAGAGCAAAAUGAUCUGCGACGUUAUGAAACUGAGAUAGUUGAUAAAUUAUUGGACAGUCAAUUUGCAAUAUCUGAAGAAGAUAGAGAUAGAAUUUUAAAAGAACAUGAGAAACAGUUGGUAAAACAUGAAAACAGUUUAACAUUAAACAAAUUAAGACAGAAAAGGAUUCUAGAAGAAAAAAUUGCGUUAAGGAGAGCUCAGCAAAUGGAGGAACUUCAACAAAAACAAGAGGCUGAGAUUGUUAAACACAGAAGAAUAGCAGAGAGUAAUGGAGAAGAAGAGGAUGAAGAGACUCUCUUGAAAGAAUUAAAACUAAAGAAGAAACAUGCAGAACAACAAAUGGCAUUGAUUCAAGGUUUAGACUUUAACUUUGAAAAAGAAUUAGAUGAGAUUCGAACUGAAAUGGUUAAAGAAAGAGCAUUGAUGCUUAAAAGUCAAGAAGAAAAAAUGGGGGCUUUUAUUGCAACAUUACAGAUGAAUAAAGCAAGAGAGAUGGCCAAAAUUGAAGAACAGCAAAAAGCUAUAAAUAAUUUAAAGGCCAAUUUAUUGGAUGACUUAAACUCAAGAGGUAUUUUGAGCACACCAGAAUGUGAGAGAAUAAUUUUGAGACAUAAAGAGGAACAAGAAGAAUUGAAUGAGAAACUUGAUAAAGAAAGAUUAAAACAAGAAAAGGUAUUACGUAGUAAACUUCAAGAAAGGUUACAGCAAAGAGAAGAACUUUUGGUCAAGAAGCAAGAAGAGGAAAUAAAAAUGUUGCUAGAGCAGUCCUCUAAUAAAUAUGCAGCCAAAAUCAAACGAGCUUUGAUUAUUCAUAAAAAUUUAGUUGAAAUGGAAAAAUUUAAAAAUAAAUUACAAAGGGAAAUAAAUCAAACCCUUGAAGACAGAAAGCGGGAUUUUAAUCUGCAACAACAAAAAAUGAUUCAAGAAGAGGAAUUAAAAUUUCUUGCUGGACUGGUCACAAUCGGUAGUUUUGAACAGCAUGAAUUGUUGAAUGUCCUACGCAUGCUGUUCCCUCUGAGGACAGAGGAGGCAAUUAUAGAAAUGCUUAAUAAAAUUUAUAAAGAAGAUGCAAAGUCGAGCACCAAAAAAGGGAACGACACCAAAAGCACACUCGUACAACGAAUAUUAAAAACACAUUAUUCUCUGAUGACAGCCUUUCCUAAGUCAGGAGCAAGUUCACACAGUGCUAAAAACAACUCUUUCAACGCUUCAGCUAAAAAAGAUUAUGCAGACUUAGUACAAGAAGAUAGAAUUAAACAUAAAAAUAACUUUGGUCCCCAAGAUUAUGCUGAGAAAGCUGCUCGUCUCAUGCAAACUUCACCUCAGGAAUGGACAAGAAGUGGAUCUGCAAAAUAUCAAAACCCCACUCCUUAUAAUAAUAAAGCUUUUACUAAAAAUAUCUAUUCUGAAAGUGAUGAUAGUGAUAGUAUUCAAAGUAAUUUUUCUGGAAGGAAUAAUUAUACAAAUUCAAAUCAAAGUAGGACUAAGCUUGAUAGUAAAUCUAGAAAUUAUGAACAUGAAUAUGAGGAAUAUGCCAAGACUAAGGCAAAGAAAGGAACACAUUUUCAAGAAAUUGGGAUUAUAGACAAUUUAUCUUCCUCAACAGAUGUCAGGGCAAAGAAAAAGAAGAAAACGUUUUUGAAAUCUUUAACAAAACAAAACAAUUAUAGCUCAGAUUAAAAUAU